UGAUUUUAAAGAUUUAAGCGCAUAUUGUGAUUGUUUAAGUAUUAAGCUCAGAUCAUUCGAAGAAACGCGUAUGGCUCAAUGAAAAAAAUAUAUAUAUAUUUUCUGUUUUGGGGAAACUUCAGCCCGAAACCUCCCUCCGUUUACUCUCCACGUAGGUUUUCCACGAAGCUCGGACCUUGGAGGAGUUCCGUUUUCGCCGGCACUGGUGCUGAACCAGAUCCUUGGAUUGAAAACAGAAGUUACAAUUACUGCCAGGGAGAUUUCAAUAAGUUACCUCAGGGCGGGGAGGGGGCGUAUAAAAAGGUAGGACUCCGGAGCGAAGGGAGUAGAUACCAUGAGGAUCUCUUCGGCGGCUGUUCUUGUUCUGUUGGUGGCGCUCAACUCCUGCGGGGGGCAGCAGCUCGGUAGUAUCGGUCCCCUCGACAUACAGAAGAUCCUCUCGGACAAGGUCUACGUCCAGCAGCAGCUCAACUGCGUCCUCGAUCAGGGGCAGUGCGAUGCCGUCGGCAACCAGCUCAGGCGUGUGAUACCUGAAGUCCUUGAAAGGAAUUGUAGAUUUUGUACUCCUCAGCAAGCACAGAAUGCUCGGAAUGUCGUCAAUUACAUCAGCCAAAACUACCCCGAUGAAUGGUCUCAGAUUCAAAGGAGGUUCUCACGUCAGUAAGGACAGAUAUUUAAAAUUAUGGUUAAUAUAUCUAAACCUUAUUACCUGUUACAUAUUUGUUAAAAGUAAAGGAUAAUUGUGUGUAAUUAGAAUUUAAUUUUCAAUAAAUGACUAGUCUAAUAUUUUUUAAUGUAACAUUGUGACAAUAAUUUGCAUUUAAUAAAUGUUUCAUCUAAAAUAACAACAUUGUUGCUUAGAAUAUAUCAUAUUUUAGUUAAUAUUGAACUGUGGAUCAUAAUUUCUUUUUUUUUUUUUUUUUUUUUUGAAAAUCAUACCUAAGAAUCAUUACAUUACAAACUUAAAUAAAAAAAAGUCAAGGUUGUGAGCAGUCAAUAAGAAAUAUUUAAUAAUUGUUAUAUUGUACAAUUUCGAGAUAGUUUUUAAACUAGUCUUAUACAUAUCCUUUUUGGAGUAAAUUAAAAAAAUUACUGCAUAUUAAAUAAAGAAUAUCUCAUUUAUGCAAUUUUUUUCAAUAAAUAAUCUAAUAAUUAAUUAAAUCAAUAAAUUGUUGACAUUUUUGUUGUUAUCAAGAGAUGUUUUUAGCAUAGCACGCUAAUUUUGCAGACAAAUCUGGCUAUAAUUAUCUUAUAAUUUAUUUCUUCAUCUAGUUAUUUUUAUAAUCUAAAACUUAAAGGCAGAUAGGUGUCCAUUAAAAGAAAAAUUAAAAAAUCUUCAAAUAACAUCAAUUUAUAGAAAAUAUGUAAAGGAAAAAUAAAAAGAAUUUUACAGGUCAUUGCAUUAAAAGUACUUAAAUAUAAUUAAAGUCUUGUCCUACAGAAAUAAUCGCAAUCUUAGUUUAUAUAUGUUAUUAGUUUUUAAUUUCAAUAUUCUGCCUUAGCAAAUAAGGAAAAACAAAUCUAAUAAUUUUUUUAUUCAAAUGUUGCAUAGUUAAACCAUUAAAAUCCUCUCUCAUCUGUAGUGAUAUAAAUAAAAAUUAUAUGUAGGCAUAUAUUUCCAUUUUUUUCCUGACUAAUCAUCCAUUUAGUUGUAAAAAUUAAUUGUUGAAAUAAAAAGCUUAUCAGUUGUUUUUGUCAGGAAUCAAAAGUAUUAACAAUAUUUAUGAAUCUCGACUAAUCCUAUGAAUUAUAAUCAUUAGAUUAUCUCAAAAAAGUAUUAAUGAAAUCAGAUCAAUCUCAAUCAUUCUGUAAAGAUUGAUUGAUCAGUCAUAAUUAAUCUUCUUAGUGUUAACUAUGGAUCAAUUUCGAUAAGCGCUGUAUAUUUUUAAUUCUAGUAAUACCAAAACUAGUAUACCCCAGCGAGAACUCAUACAUUAGAUAACUGUUUUUCUCCCUAAGUGACCUUGGGGACUCCAGAACUAUCCUCCUUUGUUCACCUUUUUAAUAGAUUGUUAGUUUGUUAUAGAUGAUGAUAAAUAGCGAUAUUUUAGUUUUUAAAAUCCUAUCCCACCUAGAAAACUUCCAAAUGACGUACACUUUAUUUCGAAAAUGGUACAUUUUUUGGGCUUUACAAUGCAGGAAAUUUUCAAAACAUGGUUUAUCCAGUCUUCAUUCAUCAACCUACCAAUGUCGAUUUUUUGAAACCUCCUAUUUUUUUGUAAUCACUCAGUUGUGGUAGGAGUUCAGUGAUCAAAAUUAACAUUUGUCACUUCUCCAUGAAAUUCCCUUUCGCUUGAUAUCUCAAUCUUCAUAAUCCAUCGCUUCUGGAGGUGGAAAAGGAAAUUAAUUAUUCUACAGUAUUAUGUAUAGUUUAGAUUUAUUUUUUCUUUCUUAAACCUCUUGACAGUUUAGAUUACAAUAUAAUUUUUAAUGAUAUCUAUGGAGAGGGGGAGGGGGCUUCUCAUCCGUUUUUGUUCUGACAAAGUUCAAAGUUAGCCGAUUUUAGCUAAAUUUGGAGAAAUAAACUUCAAAUUAAUUGCAUAUUGAUGAAAUAAAAAGCCCAAUUUUGUUUUAAUUUUAAAUUUCUUAUUUGACACUUCCAAUUCAUUUCAACUCCUUGUUUCCCCUAUCCUAUUUUUUCUCUCUCUCUUACAUAGAUUUAAAACUCAGGCAAUGCAUUGAACUGAAACAUCUUUUUUUUUUUUUUUAGAAAUUAAAUUUUAACUUUUCAUCAUAGAAAUGUUGAUUUUUUAUUGUUAGUAUAUUUUUUUAUUCUUUUGUGAUAUUUGUAAAGAAAUUUUAAAUACAUAAUUGAGCUAUUAUUAUUUAUAAUUAUAUUUUAAUUAUUUAUAUUUCUACUCAAGACAUAAUUUGUUUUAUAAUUAUACUUGAUAGAAUAUAAUAAUUAUGAUGUGAUAAUAAUUUAGCAAAUAUCUCCAUUGGAUUCUUGUUGUUAAAAAAUGUUGGUUUGUAAUAAAACAGUUAUGAGUAUAUAAUAUAAACUAUUAAUGAUUGUCAGUAAAAUUAAAAAAUCGAUUAAGCAAUAUCAAUUUCUGUAAAUACCACAAAAACUGAUAAUUGUAAAUAUGUUAUUUAAGUAUAAAUAAAACUUAUUCAUGUGUAUCAUUUAGUUUUUUUUUUUUUUUCAAUUUAACAUUGAUUUUAGAGCUUUUUAUAUUCCAUCAGCCAGCUUAUAUUCCUUUUUUUAAACAAAAUAUGAGAUUCUUUGUUAGAAAUAAAUUAAUGAAAUUCAUGUAAAUGUUAGUAUAGUAACUUAAAUUUAACUGAAUAUUUAAAAUGAAACAAUAUUAGCAUUAAAAUAAUGGACACCAUAUACUCUUGAUAUAAACUCAAUUACAAUCCUGUAGAAAGAAAAUAAUAGAGAAAUGAGAUUAAUACUCUUAUAUAAAAAAUACACUUAGGGUAGAUUCUUCACUAUUAAUCAGACAAUAUGUCAUUUCGAUUGAUUUAAAUAAUGUCUCAUUCAUUUAGUUGGACAGCAUUAAAAAAUUAAGUAUGAUUUUUAAAUUAAAAGUGUUCAAGUAAUUUAAAAAUAUUUGAUAAUCCAGACACUUGGUUAUGAUUACAACAAACUAAUUAAAUCUUAGUAAACUAAAAAUUAAAACUGGAGUGACUACCUCUGUUAACUAUGAUGAAAAAAUAUCCAACGAAGAGUUUAUUUUUAAUUGUUACAUUACAGCAUUAAUGUCCCGUGAUUAGUUUUCAGUACUAUAUAAUAAAUAUAUUUAUAGUUUUAAUCAUAAAGAUGAUUUGUUUUGCUAAUCUCAUCUCAGUUCAUAGGUCAAAAUUGAGAUAUACAGGUAUAUCAUGUAGUAAUGAGAUUAAAGUUAAGGUAUAGGAAACAGUUUAUUUUUGAGAAAAAAACAAAAAAAACUAUAAUCCAAUUUUAUCAAAAUCUCAAAACACAUUAUCUCCAAUAAAUCUCACAACACAUUAUCUAAAAAUAAUCAAAACAAUUAUCUCAAGUAAAUCUCACAACACAUAAUUCAUGCUGUUUUUUAGGUAGUCGCUAAUGCUCCAAACAAUAAUUAAACAAAAUAAACUUUGGUUUAUUUUAUUCACUAAUCUUUGAGAGAUAUGGGAAGGUAAAAAAAAACAAAUAUUCAACUGAAAAAAUCAACACAAUUUAUUCACAUAUUGUGACUAGGUUUAGGACAACGAUUCUUCGCAGGAAAAAUAUUCUUCACAUAACAAUAUCUGAUAAAGAAGAUUUUUAUAACAAAAUAAUCUUUAUUUACAACAUUAGGAGAAAGAUAAUUUCUCAAGAAGUUCACAAAACUCAAUAAUGUGACUUCAAGAAAUGAUCAAGAUAAGAAAAUUAAAAGUGAAAAUUUGGAAUUUAAACAGAUUAGUAAAAUAAACAGACAAAAUUAAUAUAAUGUACGUAUACAUUUAUAUAGGACUAUGCCAAAAUCAUAAAAAAUUGACAAAACACAUGCAUAAAAUAAGACGGCAAUUGAACAUUGAUAAUAACUUAAAUAAAAUAAAAACCAGAUGAAUGAAAUUUAAUAAUUCAUAUAAAUUGCUAAAUAUACUACAAAUAAAACUGUUUUGUUUCAAUAAAAAAUAAAAAUGGAAGAAAGGGAUUCAACUUAACCUACUCUGUUUUUCCAUCAUAUUUCAAAACUAGUCCUUCAAUAUUGACUACGAUUGCACCAAUUAUAUUUUGAAGUUGUUAUAUAAUUAAAUAAUCUCUCAUAAUGAGCUAAAUUAAUUUACACAACUUAUUAUGUGCAUACAUUAUUCCUUUUCAACAAAAAUGCUAUGUUAUUUUAUGAAUAAGAUAGAGACAUGUCAAUGUUACUAGCGUAAAUAAGAAAUAAAGAUUUAAUAUUGUAAAUUAAAAAAAAAAGAUAAGAUCUUAGGGUUUGGCCAUUUAUAUUAUAAUUACAGUGAGAUGAUGUUUAUCAAAAUAAGCUAACUGCCACAUGGUUUAACAAAUAAAAAGAUUCAAAUUACAUUUUGAAAAUAAACAUUUUUUUAUAAAAAGUUAUUUAUGAUACAUAUCUUUUUGGACUAUGAUAAAUAAAAAUAGACAUAUUUAGAUACUGUAAUUUAUUUUAAUGUUUGUUAAUAACGUAUGAUUAUUAUAUUACUUAGUAAUAUUUAGAGCAGAGUAACUAUAUUUACAUUGACGUAUUAUUGAUUAUAAAAAGAAUGAAUCAAGAUCAUACUUCCAGUUAUAACAAGAGUAAAGGAAUAAUAAAAUUUGUCACUUAACCAGUUAAUUAAUUUUACAUAAUAACGAAUAAGUGAAAAAUGAAAUUAAUAAAAAAAUUUUUUAAAAAUAAUAUAUUUGAAAUUUUGGAUAAAAAAUUUAACAUUGAUACUUAUAUACAUAAUGAAAAUAAUAAAAUAAAAAUUUGCUAAGAGUUUAUGAACAAUAAUUUUUGGAAUUUAAUAACAUUUAUUUAUUUAAUUUAAAAUUAAGGUGUUUAUUAAACUAUUUGACCAAAUCCAUAAGACCAUUAUUUUCUACAAUUAGAAUAAAACUUUUUUUUUUUUUCAAUAAACAUGGCUACAAAUCGGAAGGAAAUUAGUAAAUGGACUAUACAUUUACUUAAUAAUGCCUUUGAAAUUAUCACAGGCGAUAUUAGGCAAUGUUAUUCAGAAUAGGAACAAGUAUUUUCAAUUAAAAAAAAAAAAAAAAAGAAAGAAAGAAACCCUUUCAAAUUUUUAAAGAAAUAUUUAAGGGAUAAAUAGUGAUGAUCUUCAAAAAAGUUAAAAUUAUUAAGCUUCACGUUUUGGAAGAUGUAGUCUAUUUCGAGAAUAAUUGAAAAGCAACAAUAACUUAAAGUUAUAGAAACCAUCGCAUUACAUUACACGUACAAGUUUACACAACCUUUGUUAAAAUGUUAGCCAUCCUUUUCUUUUUUACAAUUAAUUAAAUUGUUAAAAAUAUAAUAAAUAUAGACUAUAAUUUUAGUCUUCUAUUCGUAAACAUCACAAUAACAAGAAAUAAAAUAAAUAAAACAUAACAAUUCCAAAAUACAUCAGGGCUACAAGUUAAUAUACACGCUAACUCGAACAUGAUCUCUGCUCGACAAGAUCCAACAUACAUAUUAUUAUACAUCUUGUUUGUACAUUGUGGUUAACAUUUGUGAUGUGUCAUAUUAACGGUUAAAAUUUUACUAGAAACGCCAUCACUUAACCAUCUGUACCCCUAAGGUAAACCUCGUCGAACAUAUCUAAUUCUUUGAUAACGUAAGAUGCCUUGUUCCUCAAGACUUUGGCUGAGUUUGCGGCUUCUUCUAGCCUCAAAAGCUCCUUCUCGAGGGCUUUCAUAUCAGUACCCAUUUCCGUUGUGGCUUCAUCUACUAGGUGGCAAAGUCUGGCAAAAGUACUAGACAAUUCUCUGGAA